AUGAGCCUCACCGUCACGCCUCAGCCGCAGGCCAACUUUGGAGAUCACAUGUUUUCUGGCUUCACGGUGCCGUACAAUGCCCACCUCGCACAACAGCAGUCUUGGGGCAUGCCACCCCCGCCGCCGUCGCAGAUGAGUCGCGGCCAGCCGCAUGGCCACCCGCAUUUCGACGCGCCAGCUCACACGGCGCCCGUCAUGACAGAGUACGACCCGUAUGCGCAGCAGCGGCCACCGCAGUACCAUGAGCAUGAGCAGUACCAGGUCCACCCGGAUCAUUUCUACGGCGGCCCCCACACGUCAAUACAGCAGCAGCAGCAGCAGCAGCAGCAGCAGCAGCAGCAACAACAACAGACCUGGGCUGGGCCGGGCCCAGAUGCCUCUUACGCCCCGGCCCUGCUGCCCGCCGCCCUCGAGACGCCGCCCGGUGCCCAGUUGACGCCAACGGAUCCCGGCUUUGGCGAGAACCUCGAACCGGCGGCGCCACCAGUGCCCAUCGACGCCUGUUCAUCGUAUGAGACACCGCAACCUGCGCCGCCCCCGCCGCCGCCCCCGCCUCAGCAGCAGCAGCAGCAGCAACAAGCCGUGUUCGACCCAACUGUCAUGUCGAUCAACCCCAGCGCCCUCAGUGACCUUGACCCAAAUCGGAUCCGCCACGUGCUUGUUAGUAUACAGGGACACGUCGAUACCUUCCUCAGGGGGGUCGAGGAGGAGGCGAGCAAGAAGAGGAAAGCGUCCAGCGAGCCGUUGGAUGAGGCGCAGGAUCAGCCCCAACAUGCUUCCGUAGACGCGAGGCAGCAGCCGGAGGCCGACGUCGAAGACCAGUUCGACUUCAAUGACAGGCAGUUGAGUGCCCUUGAGGACCGUCUGCUGGACAGGCCCAGAGCCAUGCUCAACGCUAAGCUCAGGGCGAAACUGAAGGAAAACGCCAGGAUGAGGGGCAAGCCCAAGGUUAUGAGGAAGCCCAAGACCAAGAACAAGGACGCCAAGGGUGCAUCUCAAGAUGACCCUAGGGAUAGUGACAAGGGUAAGGAGGGCAAGGCGCAAGUCGCGGAUGCGGAUGACAAUGCGGACGAGCCUAAAGGAGAUUCAGAGGCCGAGUCGGAGGAGGAACCAGAGGUGAUGGAGGCGCCGACCAAGGUCUUCGACUCGAUCUCCAUUGUCGAAGGAGACGUGCCAUCUCACGGCUGGACCACGGAUUACUAUGGCUUGACGGACGCGCGAAAACGAUACGGCACGGGCAUCGGAUGGGAAACGCAGGAGACCGAGGCUGAGACCCCGGUACAGCAUCCCCUGCAGCACACGGCCAUGUUCGUCUGCAAGAAAUGCUGCCUGCGGUGGAAGGGUGUGUCACUCGAGAACAGGAAGCUGUUCAGAGAGGACAAUACCGAAGAGCGAAAAAUGCAUCGCGUGCUGCUAAGAAAGGAGAACCGGGCCAUACGCGCCCCGGCUGCAGAGAGCGGCAAGAAGCCCUGCGUCCGAGGCUUAUGCGAGGUGUGCGUUCCACGGAAUGCUCACAACGACAUGAAGUUUGAAGACGACAACGACGGAUGGUGCUGUCCGCCUGGACUGGCCAAGGGAUUCAUCAAACAAGCGUACAAGUGCAUCAUGGACAACUGCCCGUUCAUCACGAGCAGUCUUCCAGAGAUGAGGCAACACCUCCUGUCCGCCCAAAAGUGGCCACACAAGGCUCUCGUGUUGAGUCUCAUCGACCGCGUCAAAAAGGGCCGCUUCCUCAGCGACCUGGACCUCGAAAUCAGCGCGCGCCUCAUGUUCAUCUUCAACGACCGCGACGCCGCCGGGAAGCCCAUCGUGUCCAAGUCCGACUGCACCAAACUCGAUCCGAGCCAGAUCUGCAACCCCGCCAACAAGGCCGAGCACGCCCAGUGGCUGGACUACAUGGACCCGCCCCAGGGCAGGAUAUUCCACGAGAGCUUCGCGUGGGACGCGUCCAAGAACUGCUGGUACCAGGGCCACUGGACCAUCGGCCGGGACGAGAAUUGCGAGCCCGCCGUUCUGCCGCUCCACUGGCAGCUGCUCGACGCGAGGUGGGAUCCCCACUGGGGACAGUAUUUCCUGUGGCCGCUCAAACCGCUGCCGAAAAAGAAGCGCAGGUACUGA